GAAUCUGAGUAUCUAACCUUUUUUCAAAAUCUUCAAAUUUCAAUUUUCCAGACACAAGAAAUGGCUUUGCUCAGAGGUCUCUUGGGUGCAAAGAGGAUUAUUGCCCUUUCUGUAGCAGCUACAAGCAAAAAGACAGUUUCAGCGCCAAAGUGGUUUCUUGCGGUGUACGUUGGUGAAGACCAGGUCCAGAAGAAGAGAUAUUUGGUGCCAAUCUCAUAUCUAAGCCAGCCUUCUUUUCAAGCUCUACUCGGCAAAUCCGAAGAAGAGUUUGGAUUUGAUCAUCCAAUGGGUGGUUUAACGAUUCCUUGUCGUGAAGAUACCUUCAUCAAUGUGACAUCCCGGUUUCAGUAAUGAUGUUCCAGAAGAAGAAAAAAACUGACAUUAUAGUUAGAGAUAGAAGUAUUCAAUGUAAAUAUGUUAAAUUUUUUUCCUUUUUCUUUCUUGAAGAGAGUUAUUCAAGAGGUUACAAAUCUCAAAAGUGUAUCCCAUGUUUCUGUAUGAGGACAAUGGUUUUAGUUAUACAAACUGCAUCACGUUUUCUAAUAUAAUGUUCAUCAUUCUUGCAUGCAUACUUACUUGUCUAUUGUCUAUGUAUCCAUACUAGUAGCACGAGAAAGUUGUGAGACCCACCCAUAUAUGCUUUUGUUUUCGAUAGACACAAACCAAUGUAUGGGUAGGAGGAUGUUCUAUCUUCAUUUAGAUUUUUGUCUUAAGACAAAUUAGUUUUUUUAUCUGAUGAUUACCAUCUCAGUGAUCUCACUGCACACAAUCAAAUUACCCCAAAUAUCACUUAUUUGCAGAGGAUACCUCAGUUUAAGACAGAUGUUUACAGCUUUGGUACGGCGCAAUCGGUACAGUGUUCCGGAUUCACUUGAGCACAUGAGUGACAAAUUCUAGAAGUAAGACAGAAUAAUCAUUCAGUUAUCACAUCACACUACAACCCGAUUGACAAACGAAAUCUUCUGAUUCUGUGAAAAAUAUUUCUUAGUGUUUUGUAUGAUCAAAUACCGAUUUAACAUUAAAUUUCAUACACUCUGCAACAAACUCUGUAGCAGUAAAAGUAAAAAAGGUGUCUAUCCAUUUACAAAGAUUAACUCUGUUUGAUGACAAGAAGAAUUGAAACUUGUGAUGUACAAAGAACAGAGUUUCACAUAGUUGGGGUGUUUCAGAUGUGUUAAUCUGGAUUGACUGUAGGACAAGCUAUACAUGGUUUUGUUAUUCAUGCUUUGUAAUGAUUAUCUGGUGAGGUUCUUUCAUACAUAAAAGCACAUGUCAUUGAAAGGGAGAAAAAACAAAAUGAUGUAAGUUGAAUGCAAAGGGACGCCAAAUGAAGUAAUGAUCAAAUAAGAUCACAUUGAAAAGGAUUGAGAGAAUUGUGUCUAUGGCAUUCACUUUCAAAAAAAUUAUAGAACAACUCUUUCAAGAACAAGAGAAAAAAACUUCUCUAUUUACAAGGAACAAUUCUAUCUCUAACUAGACGAACAAUAUGUUGGAUAAUCAUCAUUGAAGCCGAGAAGUCACAUUGAUGAAAGUGUCCUCAGGACAAGGGAUGGUUAAGCCACCCAUUGGAUGAUCAAACCCAAACUCUUCUUCAGAUUUACUGAGAAGAGCUUGAAACGAAGGCUGAUUCAAGUAUGAGACUGGCACCACAUAUCUCUUCUUCUGGUUCUCUCCUACGUACACCGCAAGAAACCCUUUUGGUGCCGCUGAGGCUACUCUUUUGCUCGUAGAAGCUGUUGCUGUUACAGAGCGGCCAAGAAUCUUCUUUGCUCCCAAUAGACUUCUCACCAAAGCCAUUUUUCUGAAAGUUUGAAUUCUUUUGAAAAUGUAUGAAAGGGUUAAUGUUACUGGAUUGCUUGUUUUUGGUUGAUGAUAGAAAGAAGGGCUCAUGUGUAUAUAUAUAGAUAGAUAAAUAAAUGAAUGAGUUGAGAUCUCUCAGAACAAAAAACUUUGAAACUUGUGGUCUUGAAUCUUGGGACAGACUAGAGAAAAUCACAUGGUUUUGUCUUAACUAUGGAAAAGAUGCAUUAAUGCAAUUUGUCUUGAUAAAUGAGUCACAAGGGCUUGUAUUCUCAAAAAUUAUAGAUGAUACAUAUUCCAUUGUCAAUAACAAAGACCAGCAAGGAUUUCUCUUUCACGUUCUAUGGUUGGUUAUUAGUCCUACUAGAUCGUUUUCCACGCUACGCGCGGAUAAUUUACUUUUAAAUUUAUUAUUUUAUCAUAUUUUUUCAUAUGUAAAUUAUCAUCUUAAUUUUAGAAUAAUUAUAUUUAUUUAUCAUUUAAAAAUUAUUAUUUUUGCCUUGAUACUAAUUUUGGUAUAAAUGAGGAAAUUAAGUUUUAAAAUUUUGUUGAAGAAAAAAAGGUUUUAAAAUUUUGUUGACGAAAAAAAGGUUUUAAAAAUUUUAUUUACUGCUGCACAUAAUUAUAUUAAUGUCAAAUAAGUUUCUAUUAUAUGAAAUGAAAAAGAGUAACAUGACAAUCACAGUAAAAUUAGGAAGGUAGUUUGAGUAAUUUUUCUUUUAAUAUGUUUUGCAAACUUUACUUUUUUUAAGAUUUGAAACAUUUUAGGGAUCAAAAUUUCAUAUCACAACAAAUCAUAAUUUGAAAAUACCCUAUUUAUGAUUUAAAUUUUGAAAAAUAAAUCUAUUUUUUCUUUUUUUUUGAAAACUACACUUCCUUGUUUGCAAUAAGACAUUUUUGUCCUAAUUUUAUUAGCAAUUACAAAUUCUUAUAAUUAAUAGAAUACUUUGGUUAUUAUAUUCCAUGAUUAUUAUUUUGAAAGGAUUUUAUGUGACCUUUGUUGUUAUUUCUUGGUGAAGUUGUUAUCAUUUGGUGUUUUUGUGUCAGAAAAAAAAUUGGUUGAAUCUUCAUUUUAGCAGUUCAUCUUUUUCACAUCAUAAACCAGAUAAAUUCAAACAUUUUAAGAAUGGUAAAAAACAUAAAAAAUAUUUGCAAGAGUUCGUAUGUGUGUUCCAUGCCAACAAAGCUCACAUAAAUUUAUUUUAGCAGAAUUUUCCAAGUAAGGAAAAAAUUGUAAAAAAGAGAGGAGAAUACAUUAUACACACUCUUUGAUUCCAAAAAAUAUUGUCUGGAUUGUUUUUUGUUGAAUAAAAGAAUAGCAAUUUGUUUGGAUUGUUUCAUGUAUGUAAGUCGUAUAUGAAAACAAUAAAACAGUCACCAGGUUAGAAAAUAAGCUCAUUAAGUGAAUGGGUAACGUGUUCGAAUUUUUUUGUCUUUUAAAAGUUGAUGUACUUCUGUUCUAAGAAUAAGGCUCUGGUUGAUCAUCAAGUAGUUGGUGGAGCUAAUUUUCUAUUUUAUAUCAAGAGUAUUAAAAAUAAAGAUUGUUGGUAAAUUUGUUUUAAUUUUUAAUACGUUUUCCUGUUUUACAUUAAAAUAUCAAGUUAGAUAUUAGAUAAUAUAAACAUUAAAUUUGGACAAUAUAGUCUUUUUUUUAUUUCACUUAUUAGUAAGUGUAGUUAAAAAAAAAGUGUAGUUUUCAAAAUAUAAUCUCAUCUAAAUGUAUUUUCCAAAUUUUUCCAAAUAUAUUUGUUCAAUAAUGCACUUGAAUUUAUUAUUAUUGAUUUAUGUUAAUUUUUAAAAUCAAUUAUUGAUAACUUUUUCAGAACUGAAACCACUUAAGAUUUGUUUGAUAGUUCAUUGUUAAAUAGUGAAAAUAUUAUUUUUUAAAAUAAUAUUAAUUGGAAGCGUGUUAAACGUCCUAUUAUAUAUUAGUGACCUUGAUAAAAAAAAUAUAUAUAUAUAUAUAUUAGUGACCAAUAUUUUAAAUGUAGAAAAAUUAUUUAUUCGUACUUUGAUUUUUUUUUAGAAUGUGUAGAUGUUUUUGUAAAUUUGUUCUAAUAUGAUUUUGGUAACAUUACAAUAAAUAAUUUUAUAUCUUAUUUGGUGUAGGACUUCUAUCAAAAGAAAUACAAUUAUGGAUAAACAGUUUUCUUAUUAGAUACAAAGAAUUAUAGUGUAUGAACCAAAAUUUUCUUUUGAAAAGAUAAUUUUAAAAAUAUAGAGGGAACAAACAUUAUAAGCGGACUAAUACUAAAAGGAGUAUAUCCUUUAUCUUAACAGACUUCCUUUAUAUUUAAAAUUUUUAACUAACUAAGAUAUUAAGGCAACAUAAAACAAAAAAUAGGAAAAACAUAUGAAUAAUUCAUGAAAACUCUAUUAUUGCUCUCUUAAGCUAUGUCAAGUCCAAACGAUAUGUGUGACCGCCACAUUGCAGGAAACUAACUGUGGAAACUAACUCCUCCAUUGUUCCUGAGAGCUAGAUGAUGGCCAUUGGUUUUUGUUGAUAUGCUUAUGACAGAAGAGAUACAGCCGAGACCUUAGAGGACAUCAUAGGAAGGUCAUAUACUUAUCUCAUCAUCACUUUUUUCAUCUGACCAGACUUCAUCUUUCUACUGAGAUAUGAAUUGCCUUCUUUGUUGAAGGUUUUUACUUUGAUAGCACUUGCUUGCUCGUCUCCAUACUCCAUAUAGCUAAAGAGAAGCAAUGUUCUAAACUUUGCACAUUAGCUCAAGCUGUUCAAGCCCAAUUCCAAAAAAAAAACACCAGCUGGAGUUGCAUAAGACUUUGGUUUUUCAACUCCUGAGGACACCAGCUAAGGAAUAUAAAGACUUUUUACUCCACAUUAAUAACCAGAUAUUGCACAGCACAGAUGCAUACAAUUAGCGUGAUUACCUUGCUUGCUGUCACAGACAAUAUUCGUUAAAUGAUUAGUAGCCUAGGAAAGAAAAUAAAAGAGCAUUUGUUAAUCAGUAAGAAGAUCUAUGUUACAAAAAUACCUUGAUUCAAUAUUCAACAGCCGCAAAGUAAACUUACCAAAAGAGCUUGCGAGACUUCUGAUCGCCUUCUUUAUUUCUUGCCCUUGCUGUAAGAAUCUCCGUGAGAAAUUGACACCAGCGCAGCUUUCUCCGUUAAUGUAAUGGAACAUACCAAAUAGGAGCCUGAUUUCUAAUUUUCUUUUAAUCGCAACUCCAAAUUUCCUAAUCUUCAGUCUUCUAUUUAUGUUUGUGUAGCUCAGAGUGUUGCUUUGACAUGUAAAUCACUCUGAAAAAGAGAUGGUAAGCUAGAACGGCAAAUCCCACUUGAGCUUCUGGUAUGGUUGGCAUUGGCAAAAAGAAAAUGUUAAGUUAACAUCAUGAUAAUAAGUUUUGGAAAUAAACCAGUCGCGUUAGUCUCAUUUGUACUGUCUUUUUGGCUUCAAAGCUUAUAUCCACAAUGAUUAUGAAUCUUAGAGACCAUGAAAAACGAUGGAACUUGUUGGAUUUAGCUUUACUCUUAUAUUGUGUUUGGUGAAGAACCAUACCGUUGCUGGGCCAGUUACAUUGGUCUUUACACAUGUCUUCUAUUCCAUUGUUUGACCUUUCCAAACAUUUUUGAGUUUAUCCUGUCUCAGAGACAUCGCAAAAUAAAGAGAAUUAAUAAAAGAAACAUUCUUAAGUUCUACUUACUUCCAGUUCAGUUAAAAUAAAGCUUUUUUUGGUUAACGCGCUCUGAUUCUCUGAACCACCAGGUCCUCUUCCAACCUUCACUUGUGAGAUUUUCUGUACACAUAAUAUUAGACAAUCAAGUCCAAAAGAGAUGUAAAAGAGCAUAACAAAUACACUCUAAAAUUAGGCCACAUCAUUCUUACGAUUCUUCUUCUACCAAAUUAAACAAUGUUUACCUCAAAGACUUCUUUGAAUAGCUGCUUUGAGACAUUUGAUCACUCAUGUCUCACUGCCUAGGAUUUGAUUGGAGAAGUUAGAUGACGGUAGAACGGCUUCAUCAUCUUCUUCCUAUUCGUCGUCCUCAGACUGACACAGUGAUUCACUCUCAAGCUAGGGAAGAAAAACCGGCCCAAUUGCAUACGACACCAUAGACGCCAGCAUCCCAGCAUCCUUCGGAUUCUUUUCCCUGACCAAUUCAUCUAGUCUGUCGUUUAUUCUUCAUAAUUUCAACUGUCUCUUGUCAAUAUAUACGACUGAAAGGAAAUUUAAGAAGACAACGAAGAGAUUGGCCGAUUUUGCGAGGAUCAGGGUAUCAAAGAAAGGAUUUAUAUAAGGUAAAAGUCAGGGACUCGGAACGGUUGCAUGGGUCACAACUGUAACUGUAAAGAAAGGGUCUAAUGAGAAAGAUUGGUGGAGUUCGACGUUACAGAAGAGAAACCAUUUAAGGAACUUUAAUGGCAUAACAAAUUGAUGAACCGUAGGUUACCGAAACGACGCAGCGAUUUCGAUCGGUGACGAUGAAGUGGGAUACUCGGGGAAGAACAAUUCUAUGGUUUUUAGAAGGCUACUUGGGCUCAAUUGGGCUGUUUUAAAAUGUAAAGAGAACCCAACAUGAAAUAUCAGUUUCGACAAAGAUGACGUGGCAGUAACAUGAUCUCUUAUUGGCUGAUUUUAAUGGCUGACGUGGAUGGCCUAACUGAGGCUCAUAUUCCCUUUUUAGUAUUGUAUUGAUUAUCUAAUUUCUGUGGUCUAAGUGGAUUUAAUAAGAACUAAUAGUGGGGACCUGAAGUUCCUCACCAACAGAACAACACGUCUAUGUCACCGUUUAAGUUGUUCUUUAUAAAUAAGAUCACACAUGAAAAUUAGAAGUAAAAAGAAAUGGAGAUUAUCCAAGUAGACAAAUUUCAUUAAUGCAUCUUUUAGAAAUGGUAAGACAGAACCAUGUUAUAUCCUGUCCCACACUUGUAGACCAUAAGUUUCAAGGAUUUUUCAAAGAAGGUUCAAACUUAUCAUUGAUCUUUCUCUAUAUAUACACAUAACCCUUUAUUUAUAUCAUCAACAAAAAACAAGCAAGUUAUCCAACAACUUGAAUCUUUUGAUACAUAUUCAGGUUCAGGGAGCAUCAAAAGAGUUUCAAACUUUACUAAAAGAGAUGGCGUUGAUGAGAAGAGGUCUACUUGGUGCAAAGAAGAUUAUUGGCCUUUAUAUACCAGCAGCUUCUACGGUGGUGCAAAAAGGGUUUCUUGCGGUGUACGUAGGAGAGAGUCAGAAGAUGAGAUAUAUCAUUUAUGGUGCCGAUCUCAUACUUGAGUCAGCCUCCGUUUCAAGCUCUUCUUAGUAAAUCCGAGGAAGAGUUUGGUUUCGAUCACCCAGGUUGCUUGACCAUUCCUUGCCCCGAAGACACAUUCAUCAAUGUGAUUUCUCGGAUCCAAUGAUGAUUAUAUUAAUUACUAACCUUUUUUUUGGAAUUAGAAAUAGAUAUAUUCAUUGUAAAUAUAUGACAUUUUCUAUAUUUCUUCUCGAAGGAGAUGUUUUAAAAUUUAGAGAAUGAAUGUCAUUUUUACAUAAUAGACGAUUAUGUCAGUACA